GCGGACCGUGCAUUUCGAAAAGCAGGCGUUCGUUUCCCGCUCCGUCAUCUUCAACGGAAGCUCUCGCUCAGAAUCGCAGGAGCGAGGGAGCGAGCUUUGCUUUCGCGUUUCGCAAUCGGCAAAAAGCUCCAAACGGAACGAACAUGGAGGAGGCGAUAGCGACGCUCGGCAGAAGCCUCGGCCAUUUCUGCAACCACCUCCAGAGCAGCGUCGACGCCCUCAACCAAUCCAUCGAUCGCCGUCCCAUCCCUCUCGAUUCGGCUUCUUCGACCUUCGUUCAGUGCCUGAACCGGCGCGUGUCGACGGCGAGCGGGGAUCUCGAAUUGCUCGACUCCAUGUCGUUCGGGACCGUGUCGUUUGAGGAGCUGUUGGGUCACUGCAACGAGGUCUUCAAGAAGAACCAGAGCGACCUCGCUCAGCUCGAAGAACGCCUUAAGAGCUUCGGCUACGUCCCCGAUGUUGACGAUGAUGAUGUUGAAGAAGAUACAGUCGAUGAUUUAUUGAGCCCUCUCGAACUUGAUCCUAAUUUUCCACUAGCAAAUGGUGGAUUUGACCUGCCAUCUUCAUGUUCGGGGCGACUUACUGCAGCGGCUUCUAUGACGAAGUGUUUUGAAGAAGAUUCUCUAUUUGAUGACUCCAUCAGCUUGAAAAGACUUGGUAUAUCUGAUGUAGCUCUGGCCACAUUAGCUUCAGAAGCUAAUGGUAAGACUGUUGAGCCAAAUCUAUGUUCGAGACAACCACAAAAGUAUGAUGGUCCAUGCUUGAGUUUUUCCUUCUUUGUCGGUCUACUUUUUUCCUUCUCCAUUUUUGCUUUUUCUUCAUUAAGGCAUGAACCUCCUCUGCUAUUAAUCUUCCUUCUCGUCCCAAUUAGAAAUCAAGAGGAUAAGAUGUAUGACCUGGAGGGGCCAUAUCAACCUGCUACAUUGAACUUGGGGGCAAGUGAAGUUGAAGGUCCAAAAUCUGUAGUUAACGCAUCAAAAGAUGAGUACGAAAGUCUUCCUUCCUACAUGAAAAGUCUUGCAUCAUGGGAGGAUUUGCUUAUAGCUAUUGAGAAGAUAAACUCGUACCUAAGCAAGAAAGAGAACCGUUUGGAAAACAAGAGCUUCUUUCAAGAUGAAAUAUCAUCAUUGGCAUUGGGGCCCAAGGCAAGAUCCUAUCUGCUGCUUCUUGCUCGCAUGAAGCACCUGGUUGUUGAGACAGUUGAUGGAUUGAUCUCGUACAGAGUUUUAUAGAAGGAAAUACCUUCGCAGAAAUACACUUGUUGGAAUUACUGUGCUCAGUUUGUAUCAGCCUUUCAGACACGCAUUGUUCUCCAUAAGGCUUGACUGAAACAUUUUUCUAAGCACCAGUUUUGUAGAUAAAUCAUCUUAUGUUAAAUUAUUACUCAGGUACAGUACCCUGCAAUUUUCAUCUCAA